GGGUACAUAGCCAUGCCAACACCAUACACGAAGGAUAGGAGAGAAUGCUGCCUGCUCCUCGUCUCGUGUAUGAUAUCCCACUCUUUGACCGCCUAUCUCGCCCUCUUUCUCUCUCCUCUACCUCCCCCAUUUACUUGGCAAUUACAGGGCUUCACCCGCGACUAUAAUAACGGUCUGAUGGGAUGGCAGCAAAGCGGCAAUAAAAACCUCCCUGACAGAUUAACGGUCUCUUCCAUCUCCGCAGCUGUAAUUAACAGUAAGCCUCAGGAGGGCGAAAUAAUAGACGGAAGGCUGAAUAUAGAGAUAGAAAGAGAUAUGCAAUUUAAUAAUCAAGAUUGUACACGCCUUUUUAACUUUCCUCUUAAAAUUAUAACAAUAUAGUUAGAGCUAUGUGAGCUAUAAGUGUUAUUCAGCAUGAUGGGAGGUUCUGGAGAGUUUUCCUCUCUUGGGGAGGAGAGAUUGUUUGAGUUUCCCGAAUUAAUUAUUUUAGGGGUAAUUGGGGUAGGGCCCUGAAAUGCCCUAGAAUAAAUACUUACUUUGUAGAGAAAGAGAGGGGGUUGCAAACAUUUGUGUGGACACUUCCCUCCUUUUUUUUUGGAGAUGCCUAACUUGCAUAAUCAUACCCUCAAUAUCCUUGGUGUCACGUCUCCAACCGCCUCCCCUCCUUCCUCUCCUCUCUCCUCUCUGCACACCGUGAGGAUCUCUUCAGUGGAGCCUUGGGUCUCAGGCUAUGUACACCCGGCUGGCUGCACAACAUCCACCCCCACACUGCUGAACCCAAUGUGGCACUCGGACGUGGAAAAAGGUGGAUCACUGAACUGAAACUCAGUUAACCUGAUGGAGGCCUAAGUGUGUGAUUUAUUGAGACGUUUCUCAAUGGGUCCCUGGCAGUACAAAGGCGCCCUUUCAUCGAGAGAUUUGAUUUGGUACACUUUUUUUAUGUGUGGCAGAAGGUUGUAGCAUCACGUUGACCGGACUGGAUGCUGGGAGGACGAGUGGGACACGACACUUGUGGACAUUCUGUCUAAAAUAAAUGCUUUUUAUUGACUCCUUUCGGGCAAUGGAAGGAUCUCCGAAGACCUGUAGCUCGACUGGUUGGACUGGUGAACGGGUUUGGACCCGAUGCUUUUAGAUCCUUUUCCUGGUGGACUGCGUGGAAGAAAAACGCGACAACUCCAAUUUAUUCAAUUUAAAAGAACAUCACCUUGUAUUUCGGAUAUCUGCGACAUGGGCUGAGCUCUGUGCUGGUCGCUCUUGAUGAGUUUUUUCCCGGAUCGAUAUUAAUUUCUGCAGACGUCUGUGGGAAGCCUCUGAGUGACUCCAGGGUGGUUUGUAUUUGGAGGCUUUACGCACCGACGCAUAGACGCACCGGCAGCAGAGCCGAGGGGGGGCAGUGCACGACACACCGAACACUGGUCUGGUGCGCGACCCGGGGAACCCAUCGCUCAGUCCGGACCAUGUAUCUCACCCGCCUCCUCUUCCUGCUGCUGAGGCUGGCGGUCACCCUCGACGGGCUCAACACCUGCCAGUUUUUCAACCUGGACGAGCAGAAGUCCAAACGCAUCGAGGCGGUCCGCGGGCAAAUCCUUAGCAAGCUCCGCAUCAGGAGUCCACCGGCCAGGCAAGAGACCCCUCCGACCGACACGGUUCCCCCAGAGGUCAUGCUCCUCUACAACAGCACGAGGGAGCUGCUCAAAGAGCGUGCGCGUCAGGCCGAGUCCGCUUGCGACCGCGAGAGUAGCGAAGAGGAUUAUUACGCAAAAGAGGUGCAGCGUAUUGACAUGUUGCCGCCCCGGGCAGAUACCAAUGCGGUGAACCCGGAGUCGCCCAGUCCCCACUACAGGACGGUCCACUUCGACGUCAGCGGCGUGGAGCUCGCCAACAGCACCCUGGUGAAGGCCGAGUUCCGGAUCUUCCGGGCCCCGAACCCGCAGGCCAGCGCCGCCGAACAGAGAGUAGAGGUUUAUCAGCUGCUGAUGCCGGGUGAGGAGAGCGUCUCCACACAGCGCUAUGUGGACUCCAGGAACGUGCAGCCGCGAGCCAAAGGGAGCUGGAUGUCUGUGGAGGUCACGGAGACGGUGAAGGACUGGCUGGGAGACACAGAGAAGAACCUGGGCCUGAGGCUGAGCGUCCACUGCCCCUGCUGCACCUUCGUCCCGUCCACCAACAACAUCCUGCCCAACAAGAGCGAGGAGCUGGAGGCGCUCUUCGCAGGUGUGGACGACCUGCAGCUCCGACAGAUGCAGCGGCCGGGCCAGACCAAGGGCCAGCCCGACUUCAGCACCAAGACCCCCCACCUCAUCCUCACCCUGCUGCCUGGCGACCGCGUGGACAACCCCAACAAGAGGAGCCGCAAGAGGAGGGCGGCCGCCGUCGACUCCUCCACCUGCUCCCGGAAUUCCGAGCAGGGCUGCUGCCUGCGCUCGCUCUACAUCGACUUCCGGCGCGACCUCAACUGGAAGUGGAUCCACGAACCCAAGGGCUACAAGGCCAACUUCUGCGCAGGCAGCUGCCCCUAUCUCUGGAGCGCCGACAACCACUACAACAUGAUCCUCCCUCUGUACAACAAGAUGAACCCCGAGGCGUCGGCGUCCCCCUGCUGCGUGCCCCAGGACCUGGAGCCCCUCACUAUCGUGUACUUCAUGGGCCGGACCCCCCGCGUGGAGCAGCUCUCCAACAUGGUGGUCAAGUCCUGCAAGUGCCGCUGA